AUGACACCCCGCGUUAACGUGUUGGAGAACGAAGUGAUGUACGCUUGGCGAGCUUUGGACUUAUUGUCAGACGAGUACGUGAAAAUGUGGGAGCGUAUCGAAAAACUCGAAACCAUUAUUCAGAAUCAACAGUCUGUCAUCGGGCAAAUGGUUGAGAUAUGUGCAGAGCCGAUUACAUCUCCGUCUACAUACAUGGGACCACCGGAAGUCGGUGACCGUCCCGCACUGAGUAUGAUAUGGGAGGAAUCGGAAGGCAGCAGUAGUAAUGGUACUAAAAAGCCGUUGGAACAGAGGGACGUGGAUUAUAGAGCGUACGAAGACCGGCUGUUAAAUGAAGACCAGGAAAAAAUGGAUUCCGUCGAGUCUGCCAAAGAGAUUUUCGAAAAUAUAGAGCAAAUGGAGAGAAACAUGCGACAACUGUACGCCGAAGCGCAACUGGACAGUUGGAACGACGAGACGGAAAGAGCGGCAGCUGUUAGAGAUUUUUAUCCAAUUAACAAGCCACUCACGUCAUCGGUUGGAAACUUACAAAAUCGUAUGUAUCCUUACACGUCUCCAUCCAUUCGAUCGCUUCCCACUAUCCCAAAAUGCGAAGAACCCGGGUACAGGUCUCCGACGUUAUUUAUGGAUACAACGUCACAAUCAAAUUACAUGGACGACUCGUAUCAGCCACAAUCGCCACCCGGUAGUCCACCACCUCCAGCACCCGAGGAUCCCGUAUUUCCAAGAUCGCUGUCAUCCGCACUGUCACUGAGCCUGCGUCAAUUUCACAAUUCCAAUAAAGAACUUGAUUCGCUUCAUCAGUUUCACAAUUCCACUAAGGACCUGGACACCAUGCACCAAUUUCAUAAUUCCUCCAAAGACUUGGACACGUUACACCAACACCGAGCUGGUGCCAUAGUCACGGCCAAUAAAUCCGAUUCCGGUCUGUCGUCGAUGAGUGGCGGGUUGUUGUCCAGCUAUGAAAAAUCUCCAUGUUCACCAGGAAAGCGAGUAUUUGAUCAAUCAUAUCAGAUCUCGGUGGCUGGUCCAUCCGGAUUAACGGUAGUAACGUGCGUAACCACUGCAUUUGACACCGAUUAUCCAUACUAUGAUCGGUCGACAGGAGUGUAUUCGACGGCAGGUCAAGGGUAUAAGUACCAGACUACUAACGCACAACAGUCAUCCAUAUCUAACGUACCGGACCUGUUGGACGUAAUGUCGUACAAAGAAUAUAAAAAACCCACGGAUAGACCAUAUUCUGGUAUGACAGAUGCUUUAACCUAUUAUCCAAGUACCAUGAACGAAACGUACUAUGGUAGAGAAAACGAUAGGCCGGAUAAUAAUCCAAGGUAUAGGUAUGUGACGACGCCUAACUUUCAGAUCCGUUGUGAAGAUGACGGUUUAAGAAGGGAAGAAAAAACGAAAAAAUCCAAACGUAAUAUAAUCAAAUCAGCCAUGAACUCGGUCAGUAGUUCGGUGAGCAAUUGGUUUCCCGAUGUGCACUUGCCCCAACGGCAUCGAUCUCAUUCACUGCCGGGUGGCUUGGAAAGGGAACCCGAUGCGGUGUCCGUACACAGUGAGACAGCGACCACAUCGAAACCACGUAGUUGGAACACACAGAGGCACGGUAGUCGUAAGAAAAAAAAAUCAAUUGUGUCUACCAUGUCUGGGCUGUUACAUAAAACCGCUAAACCUGCCCCUUUUCAGAGCUCCUAUUCAAUAGCAGAUCCGGAAUUUGCGGAAAAUGAAUGGACUCAGAUAAAAGCUGGAGAUAGGCCAACGCCACCAGAACCACCACCACCACCACCACCCCUGCAACCUCCAGAGCCAGCUAACAUUACCAUAGAGCAGCAGGAGGAAGAGGCGCAAGAACAGAUUAAUGAAAUUCAGUUACCAGCUGAAAUGUUCAAUGGCCCGACUAAAGAAUUUGCAGUAUCGAGAAAGUUGAGUAAAUAUAGAGAACACUGUAAGCUAUCGAAUGGAGUGCCAGAAGGGGAAUCUUCAGUAAUUCCAGUAGAAAAACGUAACAAAUUAUUAGAAGAACAGCCUGUUAAACCUCACGAAGAGUUUGUGCAGCCAACGAAUAAUAUAAGAAAUUUCAAAAUGUCAUCUAGACAAGCAAGUUUAGAGGUACCGUGGGCAGGGAAAGGAUCUGCGGACACUGAAGAUGAUAGUAGAAGCAACCAUUCGUGGAGAAGUACAUCUAGAAUUUCGUCAAGACGGCAAAGUACUGAAGAAAGCAUCGAUAGUGACGAUGAAUGGUAUUGUUAUGAACUAAAACAAUUAGAAGAACUAGAGAAAAAAACACAUUUUGAACGGGUAUUUGGGCCACCUAUGUUACCACCGCCCAGUGCUCGAAGUGAAUCAUCCAUACUUAUAUCUAAAGUAGAUUUUAAAGAAAAAAUGUCUAAAGCCAUUGAAGACAUAAGACGACAAUCAGUAGACGAAUCGUUCAACGAGGACGCUUUCGAACAAGAGCAAUCCUUGGAUACUGUCAUUGAAGAGGAAUUAAUACAAGACGACGGACCUAUAAGGUUCAAGUUAAUGAAAGUACCGGAUACUCCGGGUGGCAUUAGAAGGGAUCUUCCAGGUCAAGACCUAGACCUGGAACCGGAACAGGAACCGGAACAGGAAACGGAAACGGCCGACGAACAAAUGGUCGUUGAAGAGGAUGAAAGUCCCGGUACACCGUCAUUGCCCAGGUUUAAAUUUGAUAAAAACGAUUUAGUAGAUAAAGAAGAGAGUGGCAGUAAAUGGAAAAUCGUGAAAGCUCUCAAGGAAAAAAAACCCGACGAGAUAAACCAGGAUAUUGGACCUCCACCUACUCCGAUUAUCGAGAAUGGAAGAGGGAGCGGCGAAAACAUUAAUAGAGCGAAUGGACACCCUGGAGACAACCCGUUUUAUAGCAACAUCGACAGCAUGCCGGAUAUUCGACCCAGGAGAAAAUCUAUCCCUCUUGUCUCGGAACUGACAAUGGCCGCCACAAAAAGAAACGCAGGACUGGCGUCAGGAGUUCCACGUCCUACACUCAACGACGAAGAGCUGAAAAUGCACGUGUACAAAAAAGCUCUGCAAGCUCUAAUCUAUCCAAUAUCAUCGACCACGCCGCAUAAUUUCGUCUCGUGGACUGCGACUUCACCGACGUAUUGUUACGAAUGUGAAGGGCUGCUGUGGGGCAUCGCCCGGCAAGGGGUACGGUGCACCGAAUGCGGGGUCAAGUGCCACGAGAAGUGCAAAGAGCUCUUAAACGCCGACUGUUUGCAAAGAGCGGCCGAGAAAAGUUCCAAACACGGUGCCGAGGAUAAAGCGAUAUCAAUUAUACAGGCGAUGAAGGACAGGAUGUUGCAACGCGAACGAGAUCAUCCAGAGAUUUUCGAACUCAUCAGAUCAGUGUUCGGCGUUGAGGAGAAAAGCCAUCAGGGUCAUAUUAAAGCGGUGAAACAAUCGGUUUUGGAUGGUACUUGCAAGUGGUCAGCAAAAAUUGCCAUCACAGUAAAAUGUGCUCAAGGGCUCAUCGCAAAAGACAAAAGUGGUACAUCAGAUCCAUACGUAACUGUUCAAGUGGGUAAAGUUAAAAAAAGAACGCGAACUAUGCCUCAAGAGCUCAAUCCUGUUUGGAAUGAAAAAUUUUAUUUCGAGUGCCACAAUUCUUCGGAUCGAAUUAAAGUCAGGGUAUGGGACGAGGACAACGACCUGAAAUCGAGACUCAGGCAAAAAUUAACCAGAGAAUCAGACGAUUUUUUAGGACAAACUAUUAUCGAGGUUCGGACGUUGUCGGGCGAAAUGGACGUUUGGUACAAUCUCGAGAAAAGGACUGAUAAAUCGGCGGUAUCCGGUGCUAUUCGAUUACAUAUCAAUGUAGAAAUCAAAGGAGAGGAAAAAGUCGCUCCUUACCAUAUCCAAUACACGUGUCUCCACGAAAAUCUAUUUCACUCGCUGUGCGAAAACAACGCUGGAAUAGUUCACCUACCUCAAGCUAAGGGAGAAGACGGGUGGAAGUUGUAUUUUGAAUCUCCCGCGCAAGACAUUGUCGACGAGUUCGCCAUGAGAUACGGCAUCGAGUCCAUUUACCAAGCAAUGACACACUUCCAUUGUCUUUCGACAAAAUAUUUAUGCCCUGGCGUCCCAGCGGUAAUGAGUACUUUGUUAGCGAAUAUCAAUGCCUACUAUGCACACACAACAUCCAGCUCCGCCGUUAGCGCGAGCGAUCGUUUUGCAGCAUCGAAUUUCGGAAAAGAAAAAUUCGUGAAGCUGCUCGAUCAACUACAUAAUUCGCUCAGAAUAGAUUUAUCAAUGUAUAGAAAUAACUUUCCGGCAUCCAGUCAAGAAAAAUUAAUGGAUCUUAAAUCGACUGUCGAUUUGUUGACCAGUAUCACAUUUUUCAGAAUGAAGGUACAAGAACUUUCAAGUCCACCCAGAGCUAGUACCGUUGUCAAGGACUGCGUCAAAGCAUGUCUAAGAUCAACUUAUCAAUUUCUGUUUGCUAAUUGUUAUGAUUUAUACGGCAGAGAAUAUCAGACUGAUCCAAAUGAAAAGAGAGAUGAAGACACGGGACCAAAGUUAGAUGAUUUAGGCUUUUGGGAUAAGCUUGUAGCACUCGUUGCUUCCGUAAUCGAAGAAGAUAGAAACAGUUAUGCGCCCGUUUUGAGUCAAUUCCCCGCAGAACUCAAUAUAGGACAGUUGUCCGCAGCAACAAUGUGGAGCUUCUUCGCCGUAGACAUGAAGUAUGCUCUAGAAGAACAUGAAACACACAGACUUUGUAAAACUUCAGCAUACAUGAACCUACAUUUCAAAGUAAAAUGGUUGUUUACUAAUUAUGUAAAAGAUGCGCCGCCGUACAAAGACGCAAUUCCCGAGUACCCAUCUUGGUUUGAACCGUUUGUAAUGCAAUGGCUAAAUGAAAACGACGACGUGUCGUUGGAAUAUUUGCACGGAGCUUUCAACAGGGACAAAAAAGAUGGGUUUCAAAGAAGUUCGGAGCAUGCGUUAUUUUCCAACUCAGUGGUGGACGUAUUCACUCAGCUUACACAAUGUUUUGGGGUCAUAUCGAAAUUGGAAUGUCCCGACCCCGAGAUAUCCAAUCGAUACAUGAAAAGACUUGCUAAGACAAUUGUCAAAGUGUUAUUGGCAUACGUAGACAUUGUUCAAAAAGAAUUUGACGCCAAAGAGCUGGAUGAAAGAACUGCUUGUAUAUUAAUGAAUAACAUCCAACAACUACGAGUACAACUAACAAAAAUGUUUGAAUCAAUGGGUGGCAAACAACUGGAAGAAGAUGCUACAGAUAUUCUAAACGACUUACAAACGCAAUUAUUAAAAGCAUUAGAUGAACUAUCUGGGAAAUUCGGAAAAAGUUUGGAACCUCAAAUAAAGAAAAGUGUCAAAGAACUUGGUGAGUUAUUGCAAAGUAUCAAAGGAGGUAGCCAAAAUCCCCAACAAGUGUCUAUGAUGGAAGUAGAUGAAAUAUUAAGGCCAUUGAUGGAUCUAAUGGAUGGCUCAUUAUCGUUAUUUGCUCAAACUUGCGAGAAACCCGUACUAAAACGAAUUCUUCGUGAACUGUGGAAACUUGUAAUAAGAAUAUUGGAAAGAUCAGUAGUAUUACCACCGAUGAUGGAUAAAAGUAUGAUAUUGAAAAACCUUAGUGAAAACGCUAGAUCGCUAGCAGCUAAUGCUAGAAUUGAAGACAUGUCCAGAUUAAUUAGAAACCACAUGGCUGGAAAGCAAGACGUUAAAAAUGCUCUAACAGGAGUGAUGGAUAUGGAAAAGAACUUAAAUACUAAGCAAUGCAGGGUCUUAGAAUCUGCACUGAAAACAAUUAAGACUUAUUUCCACGCCGGUGGAAAUGGACUAAAAAAGAAGUAUUUGGAUAAAAGCUCAGAUCUUUUAUCUUUGUGCUACGCUUUGUCGCUUUACACAAGAUCUACAGACGAACUCAUCAAGACGUUUGUGUUGUCACAAUUACAUCAAGUUCCACAAAAAAAUGACCCAUUACCCCGGCAACCGUCACUGAUGAGUGGUACCGAGGUAAAAGAUGAAAUGGACGAAAUGGAUUAUGACGAAGACGACGAAACCGAAGAGGAAGAAGCAUUAGAUGAAGCAGAAGAAGAUGUAAAAUCAAUGGGAAGUCGAAUGGAAAAACUAUUUGAAAUUUCAAGAAGACCAUUACAAGAAAAUUACGUAUAUGAAGAACCUUAUGGAGAAAUUUCCAUUAACGUUUACAUUGAAACACAUCCAACAAAUAACGAAUUUAAGCUCACUGUAACAGUGGUCGCUGCCAACACGCUGGUAUGGCCGACGACUGGCAUGUUUCGUCCGUUUGUCGAGGUGAACCUCAUUGGACCGAGACUAGCGGACAAGAAGAGAAAACAGUCGACGAAGAGCAAAUCGGGCAGUUGGAGCCCUAGAUACAACGAAGCGUUCGUUUUUUCGAUCAGCGCCAUCGAAGACUUGGAAUGUUACGAAUUGCAUUUUUGCGUGAAAGACUACUGUUUCGCUCGGGAAGAUCGGCUCGUCGGCGUGGCGGUUUUGCAGAUGCGACACGUCCCCAUAAUGGUCCGUACCGGCGAGUGGUUAGGCCUCGGCAGGCGGAUACAGAUGAACGAGACUGGGUGGACGAUUUUGCGGAUACUUUCACAGAGGUACAACGACGACGUAGCCAAGGAAUUCGUGAAGCUCAAGUCGGAGACCAGACAGGAAGACCAGUCAUCCGUGCAGGGGUCGUAA